AUGAAUACGAGCUCGAACAUCGUCGAACUCAAUGUCGGAGGCACCCAUUACACGACAACGCAAGAAACAAUUAGAAGUCGUCCCAACUCCAGGCUUGGUCAGUUGAUGCAGGAAGGUUUCUAUCCAUUACGCGAUGGCAACAACCGUCUCUUCAUAGAUCGCGAUGGCCAGUUGUUUCGCUAUAUCCUUGAUUUCUUACGUACAGGUCAGGUGAGUCUACCCCUCGGAUUUAGGGAGCUAGAUCGCCUUCGUCGAGAGGCCAGUUAUUUUCAAUUACCUGAAAUGCUUACCACUUUAGAGAAGAUGACGCCAAUGCUUCCGCAAAGUCCUCAAUUCUUGUCGCCUUCAAUGGCAAUAGCGAGUACCAACAACGCCAGUACAGGUCCAGCUAAUAUGACUGUCGAUGAGCCAUGCUGCAUAACCAUAGGCUACCGAGGAACCUUUGGCUUCGGCAGGGAUGGCGCUUCGGCUGACCUGCGCUUCCGCAAGUUGACACGUAUACUGGUGGCAGGUCGAAUCAGCGCUUGUCAUCGUGUCUUUGGGGAGACAUUAAACGACAGCCGUGAUCCUGAUGUUGGAAACGCAUAUUCCUCACGCUUUUUUCUCAAACACAACAACCUUGAACAAGCAUUUGAUGACCUUUACAGAGCCGGAUUUGUGAUGGUCGGUUGCUGCGGCACGGGAACAAGCGGUAUGAGUCAGGACUCUAAAAUUGUACAGGACCCUGAAGAGACCAGAUGGCAGCACUACAAUGAGUUUAUCUUCAUCAAGCAAUGGCUAUGA